AUGCCACCAAAGAGGAAGAGAGAAGCCGCCGAGAGCGCCGCAAAGGCAAAGGCGCUGAAAAGCACAAAGGAAGCAGUUGCCUCAACCCCAAAGCAGCCGGCAACCAAGGAAAAUGCGAUCCGCAAGAGCAAGGAAGCUGCAGCCAACGGGAAGAUGGACGUGAGUAUGAGCAAACUUCAAAUCGAUUCCACAACAGAAGUCGAAGAUGCCGUUCCCGAUGUCACGACUGUCCAAGUCAUAACUGGCUCCUACGAGAGGGUUCUACAUGGAUUCGCAGCUGCUCUUCCCAGCAGUCUCUUCACUGGACAAGACGAUGCAUCGACACCUGAGGCAGACAGGUCAAAAGUGGAUUUUACCGACACAUUCCUUUUCAACGCCCAUGCGUCUUCCAUCCGCUGCCUUGCUCUGUCUCCUCUUUCAAAUGAGACAUCUAAAAUCACACUGGCCACAGGCAGCACUGACGAGCGCAUCAACCUGUAUUCCAUCUCAACAGCACCACCUGUCGCCUCCAAGCUCAGACCAAAGCUGCCUUCUCUACAUGGCGGCUCCAUCACCGAGAACCCCAAGAACAAGGAACUCGGCUCAUUACUUCAUCAUUCAUCAAAUAUCACAGCCCUCUACUUCCCCACGAGGGCAAAGCUUCUAAGCUCCGCAGAAGACAGCACAAUCGCUAUCACAAGAACGCGCGAUUGGACCGCACUUUCAACCAUCAAAGCACCGAUACCGAAACCUCAGGGCCGACCAAGCGGAGACACAGCCGGACCCGGCGAAGUGCCUUCUGGAAUCAAUGAUUUCGCCGUGCACCCCAGCAUGAAGCUUAUGCUCAGCGUAGGCAAGGGCGAAAAGUGUAUGCGGCUCUGGAACCUCGUAACGGGAAAGAAAGCCGGCGUGUUAAACUUUGACCGCAACAUCCUGGCCGCAGUAGGCGAAGGGCGCUUUGCGUCCGGCGAGGGCAGGAGGGUAAUCUGGGAUAAGGAAGGCGAAGAAUUUGCAGUGGGCUUUGAACGCGGUAUCGUUGUUUUCAACAUUGAAUCCAAGCCAAAAGCAAAGAUUGCACCAACCCCGAGGACAAAAAUCCAUCAAAUGCACUACUUGCCGUCGGAGUCGCAUCAGGCCACGCUACUAGUGUCCACAGAAGAUGGCCGCGUACUUCUCUACGAUACAGCCACCACAAUACCAACCGAAACAUCAGAAAAGAACAAGGACGAUGUGCCAGCUGCCAGAUUAGUCGCUCAAAUUGGUGGCCCAGCUGCAGGCAUGACGAAUCGUGUCAAGGACUUCGAAAUCGUAUCUCUCUCGCAAACAAGCUUCCUUAUCGUCACUGGUAGCAGCGACGGCACAGUGCGCUUUUGGUUCUUGAGUACGGAUGAACUGAAGAGUGACGAUGCGGGCAAGGCAAAGGGCUUCACUGCAGUUCAGGUUGGCAAACUGCUUGGGUCGUAUUCCACAGGCACCAGAAUCACAUGCUUGAAGGCUUUCUCCAUGACUGGCAAGCCUGAUGCAGAGGAGGAGGAGGAGGUCAUCGAGAAGGAUGGAAGUGCGUCGAGUAGUGAAGAUGAUAGCGAGUAG